UUUAUUAACAACUAAAAAAAAUUAUUUGAUAGCAAUGUAGCUUUUUCUGAAAUUAUAAAGAGAAGAUAAUUGUAAUAGCUUAUAUGAUAGUGAUUUAUAUUUUCUAAAAUCUUAAGCAACAUUUUAAGAGAAUAUUUAAUAUUAUUUUUUUAUUUUUUAAUUGGAAAUAAAAAGGAAAUUUAUAAAAUAGGAUGUUUUCCUUUUUAAAAAAAAUCUAGCAGAAUAAAAUUUUAAAGACUUAUUUAUUAAAACAUUAAAUUAGUACAUAAGAACAUGUAUAAUGUUGUCAUUGAUUCGAUUGGUGUAUUUAUAAUACUAUAGUAAAAUGAUUUAUUAUUUUAUGUAUAAUGUAUAAUGUUGUCAUUGAUUCGAUUGGUGUAUUUAUAAUACUAUAGUAUAAAUUAUAACAACUCACCUAUGUAUUAUGAUUAUAAAAUAAAAAUAUUAACUUAAACUUACGUGUGAAAACAUGUUUUAAUUAUAAAAUAAAUCUCAAAUAACAUAUGCAAAAAACAAUCAUAAUACUAUAGUAAAAUGAUUUAUUAUUUUAUGGUUUUUAUUAAAUUAAAACGUCAAACGAAACCGGGCUCAUAUCUUGUAUAUAUAUACACAAGAGCGUUAACAUAUUUCUUCUUAUAUAAGAGCAAGCGUACGUGGAAGUUGACCUAAAACCCUAUUUGAUCACGAGUGCAAACAAGGAUGAUCUCCGAUCUGCCGCAGGAUUUGAUAGAAGAGAUACUGUCAAGGGUUCCGGUGAAAUCUCUGAGAAGACUACGAUCAACGUGCAAACGAUGGUACCAUCAAGCUUUAUUCAAAGAUCCAAGAUUAUUCAUCAAAAAGCACUUUGAUAAAACAGCAAGACAGUAUCAUGCUCUCAUGGUGAUGAGUUCUUGGGUAUGUUCAGUGAGCUCCGUACUUGAUAGCUCCGUACUUACCACGGAAACCGAUUUGGUUUUAGGUGGUCGAAUUAGCCUAACUGUUCCCAAUUCUGACGGUGCACUAGUCGAUGUAAGUAAUGCCUUUCACUGCGAUGGCAUAUUGCUAUUCACCAACCACGAGGCAGACAUGCUUGUGGCUUGGAACCCGUUUUCAGGGCAAACCAGAUGGCUCCAACUGCAUACGCCAAACUACUUUGGAAUAUAUGCUCUCGGAUACGACAAGAACGAAUUGUUCCGUAACUAUAAAAUCUUGAGGGUUCCUUGUAGAAACGGAAAGUUGUCAGUAUGGGAGAAACUUGGUGUCACUCCCGAAAUCGAUGACCUAAUUAAACCUGAAAUCUAUGAGUUUAGCACUAAUGCAUGGAGGAGUCUUGAUGCCAUUGCUCCCCAAGCCUUCAUAAACACUUGUGGCGUGUCUUUGAAGGGAAGUACUUACUGGGUGUCAAGAGGCAACGGCUACUCACUACUCCGUUUUGAUUUUUCAUCAGAAAGGUUUCAACCUUUGUGUGCUCCCAUUGGUCAUGAUGACCAUUCUGGCACCAUGACUCUAUCUCUUGCUGGAGAAGAACGUAUUUCCUUGUUUUAUCAGAGCCAAGAGACACGCAAGGUGGAAAUAUGGAUGACUGAUGAGAUUGAGACCACAUUUGUGUCGUGGAGCAAGUUCUUAACAAUAGAUGUUGUAGAUCCUUUUUUCUCGAAUUCCAUGAGCUUCUUCAUUAUUGACGAGGAGAAGAAAGUUUUCUUGUGUUGUGAUAAAAGAGGGGAGAGCUUCUUAUUGGUAUGUUUUGUUGUUGGAGAGGAAGAAUAUAUAGCAACACCUAGUAUUUCAGUUAAACACAUACACAUUUGGUGUUUACCACCCUUUUAUGCUACAAGAUUGCUCGGUUAUGUUCCAAAAGAAUUAUAGUUUAGUUUGCUUCCUUUGUCAUGUCCUUCCAUUGAUGAAUGAAAUUAUUUUCAGUUUUUUUUUUCUUGGUAUUUUUACUCAUGGUUACAAGGCUGGUUUCAUAGAGUUUUUGUUGAGGCCUGAGAAAAAUUCUCUGUUUUUUGUGUGUGUCUAAGGCACAUAGAUAGACAUGAGUAAGGCAAUACUAGCAUAUUUUGGGUCUAGUUAAGGAUAUGAAGACAUCUUCCGGGUCCCAAAUAAAAAAUACAAAUCAUCCACACAUGUGUGGGUGAAUCAUCCAUAUAGUUCCAAUGGACAAGUUUUUCAUUUUCUAUUAAAUGUUCCACCGUCCACUUGUAAGAUUUCUAGAGUAAUAUAUAAGUGUGUCAAUAUUCCACUCUUGAUAUUCAGUUUUUUUUUUCUCGAUUGUAGUCUAUAAUAUCCAGUUCCACAAACUAUAAGCUUCAUAUAUCUAAUACUGAAUGUUAGGUGGUGUAUUAAAAGUGCCAAAUAAAAAGGUUUCUAAUUUUGGCACAAGUUUGCUUUUAAACAACCAACUUGUAUUCUUGACCAAAAGAAUCAUGGUUCUUUUAUUGUGCUCAACUACUACUUUACAAGGUCAUACCUUCAACCUCUCUCUCUCUCUCUCUCUCAGUCUACCGUUUUAAGCUUAGGAUUUGGCAGAGCCAUACGGAGUGAUUCUCUCAAAUCCUCUGUUAGGUAGCUGUUGGUUCGGAUUCUAGCGCUGUGCGAGUAGAAAUGGAUGAAAACAGCAACGAUUUCAGUGAGGCAGUUGACAAGUGUUUCAACAUGUACAACCCUCGUUUGAAGAUUGACAAGCUUUUGUUUCUCGCUGACCGUGGUGUAAACCGAACCGAAAGCCUAAGUGUAGCUUGCCGUUUGAUAAAGCUCGGAGACAGUCCCAAUCUUCUCAGAAGGGUCAGAAGCAAAUACAACAUGGAAAGCGAUGCUGAUGAUUCUCUGUGGCUCAGACGAGCUGAUGAGCGUUUCUCUCGAGCAAAUAGUACUUAUGAGUCAUCAUGCUUUUCUCAGAGUAACUUGGAGCAUGAUACUUUUAUCAAUCGCUGCAUGGAAGAUAUGCUGGAGAAGAUGCGAACACAAGCCAUACUGAAACUGCUAGAGCCGUACACAACAAAGUUUGAAAUUUCAUUUCAUAUCUACCAAACUGGGCGUCACAGAGGAUGAAGCGAUGGAGUUGUUGAGGUUGCUGAUACUCAACAACGGAGUUCAUUGGCUCGUUGAUGAAGUGGAAUGUUACUUGGUGAGAGUUGAUUGAUUACAAAAGCGUGUUGGGUUAACAAGAGAGCUAAUUAUUAUAUUAGUAGUGGUCAACUCAAAUGUCUCUGCAAUUACUAAUUAGGAACUUAAAUCCACUUCAUGCAUCUAGUCGUUUUCCUUUUCAAUGUGAAUAUCACCACGCUUUGUUUUCACAUUUACGGUUUGUCUCAAAGUCCAAAGAUGUUCGUUUAGUGAACUGAAUGACAAAAAUUUCCACCAUAAUAAAUUUAUUUCAGUGUUAAAAA